AUGACCCCCGGCGGCAGCAACACAGACCGAAGCAACCCAGAGAAGAGCUCUACAAAAUCUAUCACCCCAGGACUACCUCCCUUCGUCGAAAGCGUCUUGAAUAGUCAAGAUAGGCCCAUCAUCAUGGAAUCCAUCCCCGUACGCAGUUUCCGUGGCAAGACGGGCGAGAAUAUCAACGUGUUUCUCGCUGAUCUCGAAGUCCACUAUAUGCCCAAAGAUGAGUGCUACAUCACCCAAGCACAAAAGAACGCAGCCAAACUCGCCCUGCUCCGCAGCAAGCUUAAGGGUAGAGCUUCGACAUUUGUUCUACGUCAACCCCCCGCGAUUAGUGGAUCCUGGGAAGAAUUGAUUGCAGUUCUCAAAAAGAAGUACGACCGGCAGCCUUUCCCUAAAGAGGUACAUCAAGAAGACCACUAA